UCGGGACUCCCCACAGAAAGAAGUGUUGGAGAAUUAGAAACAGAUUCGCGUAUUAUAUAUCAAAUAACAGCUUCAGACCCUGACGGAGAUGCGUUUGCGUGUUCUAUCAGUUCUAUAGCACCUACUUGGGGACAGUUUGAUGUAACUUACAACACUCUUAUACCAAAAUGGACUGUAAAUACAGUAAGCCCUUCUUUUGAUUAUGCUAAUACAACCCAGUUUACUGUAACUAUAGCCUGUGAUGAUAGCAAUACGACCCCACGAACUGGAAUCCUGACUGUUAAGGUGAUAGAUAAUGAUUUAUUGCAGUUUACAAACAUGCCUGUAUCAACGACGUCAUUCGAUGCAUCAAUAACGGGAGCUGGGACCACAUUGUAUACUGUUUCGGCAACCUCUGCAUCAAAUAGUGGAUUACUAUCGUAUACGAUCUCUCCUAUGACUGAUUUUUCAAUUGAUGCAUCGAGUGGUAAGGUAACAAAUAACGACCAUUUGAACCGACAAAUCGCUUCACCAGCAGAUCUUUGGGUAACAGUCUCAGAUGGUACCAUUAUAGCAGAAGAACAUCUCAGAAUAAACAUGCACAAUGUUAAUAAAGUACCAUACUGGACAAAUUUGCUGACCCCACAAACCAUAACUAUCGCUGAAGACACUGCUAGUGGAACUUUGCUGUAUUCUCUGACGUCACAGGAUAAUGAUGUGGGAGCAGCUUUGAGUUAUUCCAUGAAUGUUAAUCCUGUAACAGACACUUCCAAGUUCUCUUUUAGUACAAACACUUUAGAACUACGCUUGGCAUCAGGACAAAGUUUUGAUUACGAGACAAGGAAUUUUUACAACAUAACAUUUACUGUCGAUGACACAAUGGCUUCCACCACUUCUAUACUUUACAUUAACAUUCAGAACGCCCAUGAGGCAUGUUAUUUCGACCAAUCAUUGUAUCACGUGACUGCCCCAGAAGGAGCCAGUGGAACCGGAUCUAUGAACCCAAAUUUUGUUGUGAGUGAUUAUGAUGGAACCUCGACGUAUUCAUAUUCCUUCCUGAGCUUUAAUAAUAGCAACAGAUUUGCCAUUGACGCUUCAACUGGAAUAAUUAAUUAUGCUGUACAUUAUGAUAUAGAUAAUAGUGCAAUGCCUUAUCUAGUAUAUCUCACAGUAAUUUGUACUGACACAACCUCUAAAACCGGUACAUCUCAGGUCGAAAUCACAGUUACUGAUGUAAAUGACAACGCCCCAUCUUUUUCUACUGCCAGUAGUUUACUUACAGUUAACCAGUAUACAUCUCCAGGAACAACAAUUGGCAGUGCCGCUCCAACAGAUGCUGACUCGGGAGCUAACGCUGAGUUCACAUGUAGCGGUACUUCGGCAGUAUCAGCAGCUCUUACAUACUAUCAGAUCGGCUCAGAUUGUGGUGUCUAUCUUUUAUCCUCACCUGAUGGAACGUUAGCAUAUGGAACCAUGUAUACAAUGACAAUAACGGCUGUCGAUAAAGGAAGCCCAGCACUCACAUCAACAUCAACGGUUGACAUCUUGUAUAAAGAAUUGACAACAACUACUGUUACUACAACAACGACAGCUAACCCUUAUAAUUUCUGGGAUGACGAUGGUGCAGUUGCAGCCUUUUCGAUGGCAAUAAUUUUAGCAUCUCUUUUAGCUGUAGUGUUCCUUUAUUUCUGUAUUCGAUGCUGCUAUACUGGAUUGUGUUGUGGUCCCGACCCAUGUGACUUCUGUAAUUGGUGUAAUAGUAGAAACUGUAAUUGCUGUCAACAUAGAAACAGACCGACCCGUACCAUAACACCACAAGAAUAUAGAAAUCCGAGGAGAGCUGACGAAUUCGAUUAUUACGAUAAGAAUUUUGAUAGUGACUACGAAUCCCUGAAAAAUGAAGAAUUAAGAAGACCAAGGCAAUUAAACAGUAGUAGCAGCCGAGUACACGGAUUACGAGACUACCCGGACUUUCCGAACUCACAAUCAGCACAACUCACCCCUUCCAAUGGUAAAAUGGUAGAACCAGGUAGAGUAGUGUUUACACGAGGAAGGCCAUUGCCUAUUGGAUAUUAUUGAUCAUAUAACUUCGAUAGAAAGUUUUAACAACUUCUUAAUGAACGAGACAGGAUUUCUUUACAUUUAAAAUUUGCAUAAAAUAUGUUUUCCUUUAUCUAUA